ACCCAUCUCACCCAUCCAGCCUACCAGCCUGCCAGCUUAACAAACUAAACUACCAUUGCAUACAAUUGUUGCAACGAUUUUAUUUCCUUUGACUGAUAUAUCCGGACAUCAUUCUAUCAGUUCCCAGCUUGAGUAAAAUUCGUGCAGUCCUCACUAGCUACUCUUGCUCCCACGGGCCCGCACCAGCUCAUUUAAAACCAUUGCCGCUUCCCAAACUAGUUAUCUCAUCACUAUGACCUACUUUCUUGGUGAUGCCAGUCUAGAAUCUAUGGUUUAACUGCUCUCCUGCACUGAAUCAGCCUUGCAGAUAGAUGUGUUUUUAACUAGACAAAUAAGCUUCUACCGUAACGUUUGUCAGUUAACACGCUUUUCAGUUCAGUAACGACUUUUCACAAACGUUACAACUACUCCUCUUACCAAUAGUAACAGUAGUAGUAUUACCGUAGUAGUAGUAGUAGUUGUUGUUAUUGUAGUAGUUUUGUAGUCGUAAUCGUUAUAGUAGAAGUAGUAAUAAUACUACUACUACUUCUUCAAAUUAUAAUAAUAACAGCAACACUAACAAUACAAAGCUUCAUCGUCAUCAUCAGCUUCGAUUUACCUGCCACCGUUUUAUAAGGAUGCUACCGUGCUCAGGGAAAAGACAAUUCCUCCACGUUGACGGCCCCGGUAUCUUCUGCUAAUAUCACAAAGGACUCAAGUGAAUCCCAAAUGAACGGAAACGACAUCGAGCUGAAGUCAAAGCAGCCUAUUUUGGAGGCAUCAGGGGAAAAUUCUGGAAGCAAUGGUCCGUUAUUCAAUCCGAUUUCUAAGACGGGUACAGACACUUAUUGUCCGGAAGCGAGGACAGGCUGUGUCUCGUCUGAUGGAGAGCAGACGCUCAUAGAUAAAGAUGUAGAGAAAACUAUAUGCUCGGGUCCGAGUCAUAUGCAAGAUACUACAAAACGAGAAACAUGGGGAGGUACAAUAGAUUUCCUUUUAUCAAUUAUAGGUUUUGCAGUCGAUCUUGCCAAUGUGUGGAGAUUUCCUUAUUUAUGUUACCGUAAUGGUGGCGGUGCCUUUCUCAUACCAUACUUCUCUGUACUUCUACUAUUGGCCUUACCUUUAUUCUUCAUGGAACUGGUCCUUGGGCAAUUUCACAGGCAGGGACCAAUCACAGUAUGGAGAAUGGUGCCUUUAUUUAAAGGUGUUGGUUAUGCUUCAUGCUUCAUGUCGUACAUAGUAGCGUUUUAUUACAAUAUUGUUAUUGGGUGGAGUUUUUUCUACUUGUUUAAUUCAUUCACUGCGUCGUUACCAUGGAUGACAUGCAACAAUGAAUGGAAUACAAAAGAUUGCUGGCAACUGGACUGGUUCAAUGAUACCGCCCCACCAGAGAAUGUCACCUAUAAUCCCAACACCUCGGUGUCUUCGACAACAGAGUUCUUUGAACGUGAAACACUCAGUCUUCAUCACAGUUCCGGUAUCGAUGACCUAGGAUACAUAAAAUGGCAGUUAGCCCUCUGUACACUCUCCACGUUUAUUAUACUCUACUUCAGUUUAUGGAAAGGUGUUAAAAGCUCAGGAAAGGUCGUAUAUAUCACUGCAACGCUGCCAUACAUAGUUUUGGCUAUUUUACUCAUCCGUGGAGUUAUGCUACCUGGAGCUGCAAAAGGUGUUCGUUAUUUCAUUACACCGAACACCAGUAGACUAGGAGACCUCCAGGUGUGGAUUGACGCUGCAGUUCAAAUUUAUUUUUCGGUUGGAGCUGGUUUUGGAGUGCAUAUUGCUUAUGCCAGCUAUAAUAAGUUCAAACACAACUGCUACAGGGACUGUUUGAUAACUGCUGUCAUCAAUAGUUUUACCAGUAUAUUCUCUGGUUUUGUAAUCUUCUCCUACCUCGGCUAUAUGGCGUAUAAAACCAACAAGAAUAUAUCAGAGGUUGCUACUGAAGGUCCUGGUUUAGUGUUCAUAGUUUACCCAGAGGCAAUUUCUACCUUGCCUGGUUCGACAGCAUGGUCGAUUCUGUUUUUUCUUAUGUUGCUAACUCUAGGUUUGGACAGUGCGGUUGUAGGAUCAGCUUAUCUUUUCUCAUUACCUUGUGUGACAACAGGUGGAAUGUACGUCUUCAAAAUUCUCGACACAUUUGCUGCGGGUACAUCAAUUUUAGUGGCUGUGCUUUUCCAGGCCAUUGGCGUCAGCUGGCUUUACGGUGUCAGACAACUAUGUGAUGAUAUCGAAACGAUGCUUGGUUUCCGUCCUGGUUUCUACUGGAGAAUUUGCUGGAAGUUCGUUACUCCAGUUCUUCUAAUGAUCAUUGUCAUAUCGAGUGUGGUAACCUACGAACCGUUGGAAUAUAUAAGCUCCCAAUACCAUUACAUCUACCCUCUCCAUGCUAAUGUUAUCGGUUGGCUAAUCGCAGGAGCAUCGAUGGCAUUCAUCCCAGCUAUGGCAAUUUAUCAAAUGACCAAAUAUGAAGGGACAUUUAAAGAGAAACUCGCCCUCUGUAUAUCACCUGAGUGGGAACAUAGCGAGAUUCGACGGACUAAAUUUGUGAAAAGAUUUGAGACCAGUCAUUGGACAGCAUUUUGAGAGAUAACGGUGUUCCAAAACGAAAA